AAGUGCCCAUCUUCAGUUAACUGAAAGAAAACACUCGAUUCUCAAUUCAAUUCUCAAGUUAGGGUUUCUGUCAAAGAAAAGAUUAAAAACCCAAAUUUAAAAAAAAAUGUUGAGACUAUAUCGAUUAUUUAAAUACACUUAUAGCCCUGCAAGAACUUCAAUUCUCUCAUCUCAAAAACAUCAACAACAAAAGGAUGAGAUAUUUGAUCCUCUCCCUUCUCAUCAUUUCUUCCAAAAACGGUUUCUUGACAUUUAUCAGCUUGGAAACAAAGAAGCUAUUGAGAAAGAGCGUGCAAGGCUUGCAGAUGAGAUGAAUCGGGGUUAUUUUGCUGAUAUUGCUGAGCUUAAGCAACAUGGUGGUAAGAUUGCAAUGGCAAAUAAAAUUAUAAUUCCUGCAAUGGCAGCUGUGAAGUUUCCCAAUUUAGAAGUGAACUAUUCUGAUGGUAAAACAUUAAAGUUGCCGAUUGGGUCCAGUGGAAAUGCAGUUGAUGCUAACACAUCAAGUAAUCCUAAAGUAUCUUUACUAUGUCUUUCAUUUCGAGCUAGCUCUCAGGCAAUGAUUGACUCCUGGACUGCCCCUUUCCUUAAUAUUUUCCAUGAUGCAGAUAACAUUCAUCUGUAUGAGGUCUCAUAUAUAGACUCAUGGCUCUUAUGUCGGAGUCCGAUCAAGCGGCUGCUGCUCCGUGUAAUGAGGAAAUCUAAUAGUGAUGAAAGCAAUGCACUUCAGAAGCAGAUUGUCUAUUCAUUUGGUGACCAUUAUUACUUCAGAAAAGAACUUAAAAUACUGAACCUUCUCACUGGGUAUAUUUUCCUGCUAGACAAAUUUGGUAGAAUAAGAUGGCAAGGCUCUGGAUUGGCCACGCAAGAGGAGCUAUCCUCUCUUCUUUCUUGCACGUCAUAUCUUUUGGAAGAGAAAUGAGAGAAGUUGGCUUGUGAAAAGAGAUGACAGUUAUAUUCUUAGGCCUUGGACACUGCAUGGAAAAAUUUGAAUCUCCAACGGGGCCUCUGUUUUGUUGUUGGAGACCUGGACCAUUAAGUUUUGAAAGCUAUAUUUACAUUUUUUAUCCAUUAGAGACUCAAUCUAUACAAUAAGUUGCACUUAUCCUCCUACCCUCAUUGUAAAAAGAGAAAAUUAGGCUACUUACCUCGUUUUCUGUAAAAAUAACCUUUUUACCCCUGCGUUUUUAA